CAAUCCUGGCUCCGUCCCGAUCUAUCGACAAUAUAAUUUCCCAACAAAAAUCAGUUGGACCAUCAAACACGUCAACCUGACGACCCACGCACCCACCAACUAUAUUUGAGUUUGGUCCUAACAUCUGCACCUCGAUUUCAGCUCCCGCUGUCUGAGCUGCAACAACAAUGGCGUCGGAGCUUAAUUUUCCGGAGGAUUUGAACUAUCUUUCCGGCUUUGGAAACCAUUUAUCGUCGGAAGCUGUUGCCGGAGCUUUACCUCAAGGACAAAAUAACCCACUUCUCUGCCCUUUUGGCUUAUACGCCGAGCAAAUAUCGGGCACUUCUUUCACCGCACCUCGCAAGCUCAAUAACCGAAGCUGGUUCUAUCGUAUCAAACCAUCAGUUACACAUGAGCCCUUUAAACCUCGUGUCCCUGGCAAUGACAAACUUAUUGCAGAAUUUAAUCAAUCCAACAGCUCUGCUAAUCCAACACAACUACGGUGGAAGCCUGUAGAUAUUCCUGAAGAUCCAACUGAUUUUAUUGACGGUUUGCAAACGAUUUGUGGGGCAGGCAGUUCCUAUCUUCGCCAUGGAUAUGCUGUUCACAUGUACACUGCCAACAAAUCAAUGGACAACUGCGCCUUUUGCAAUGCUGAUGGAGACUUCUUAUUUGUUCCUCAGAAAGGAAGGCUUUGGAUUACAACAGAGUGUGGAAGAUUGCAAGUUUCUCCCGGUGAAGUAGCUGUUGUGCCUCAAGGAUUUCGUUUUGCUGUCAGCUUGCCUGAUGGCCCAUCGCGAGGCUAUCUUGCUGAAAUAUUUGGGACGCACUUUCAGCUUCCCGACCUGGGCCCUAUAGGUGCCAAUGGCCUGGCUGCUGCAAGAGAUUUCCUUGUUCCCAUUGCUUGGUUUGAGGAAUCUCCUCGUCCAAAUUACAUAAUAGUUCAAAAAUAUGGUGGGGAAUUGUUUACUGCAAAACAGGAUUUUUCCCCCUUCAAUGUAGUUGCCUGGCAUGGUAAUUAUGUCCCAUAUAAGUAUGAUUUAAGCAAGUUUUGUCCGUACAAUACUGUAUUGGUGGAUCAUGGAGACCCAUCAGUAAAUACAGUGUUAACUGCUCCAACAGAUAAACCUGGUGUGGCUUUACUUGAUUUUGUAAUUUUCCCUCCGAGGUGGCUGGUUGCUGAGCACACAUUUCGGCCUCCUUAUUACCACCGAAAUUGCAUGAGCGAGUUUAUGGGCCUGAUUUAUGGUGGUUAUGAGGCAAAGGCUGACGGGUUUCUUCCUGGUGGUGCAAGUCUACAUAGCUGCAUGACACCACAUGGUCCUGAUACAAAGACUUAUGAGGCUACCGUUGCAUGCGGGGAUAAUCCAGGGCCAUACAAAAUAACUGAUACCAUGGCCUUCAUGUUUGAAUCAUAUUUAAUUCCUCGAGUUUGCUCCUGGGCUCUUGAGUCACCCUUCCUCGACUGUGAUUACUAUCAGUGCUGGAUCGGACUCCGGUCACAUUUUCGCAAAGAGGAGUGCUCCAAAGCCUCCAGUAAUCAGGAUGCAGAACAAGCAUAGUUAGAUUCAGAAAGACUGUUUGACCUAUUUGUUUGCUUCAGAUCAUGUGGACUUGUGGUCAGUGACUCAGUGGUAUCUUCGCUCUCACGACUUGAAUUAAAUGGAUUAGCUGUCAACUUAUGUACAUAAAUAAUGUAAUGUAGUUUUGAUUCUGCAAAGAAAUCACACCUACUCCAUAUUUAGUAUUCGACAAAAGGGGAAUCACUUGUAUAGUUGUAUAUACAAGAGUAAUAUUUAUCAGAAUAUGCUUUAUGUAUCUGUUGCUCAUACAUCUGUCAUAUCAGUUCGAUGUGAUGGGUUCAGUUUGAUGUGAUGGGUGAUAAAGAAAGUUCUCUUAUUGUUCAAAUCACGAGGUUUUAUUGCAGAUGCUGUAUCAAGUAAAAUAUUUUUUUUA